ACUUUAAGGGACGCCCCGCCCCCGGGCGCGGCUCGCGCGCUGAUUGGCUGCCGCGGCCGGGCGGAAGCGGCGCCGCGGCCACGUGGGCGCGUGGCGGGAUGGCGCGAGCUCUGCGCGUGCUGCGCGGCGCGGCGGGAUCGGGAUCGGGAUCGGGAUCGGGAUCGGGAUCGGGAUCGGGAUCGGGAUCGGGAUCGGGACUGGGAUCUGGCCUCGGCCCCGGACCACGCGUCCGGUUCGGACCCAGCCCCACAGGUUUUCUGCAUUUGGGUGGCCUUAGGACWGCUUUGUACAAUUACAUCUUUGCCAAAAAACACCAAGGGACCUUUAUUUUAAGAGUGGAGGAUACAGAUCAGAAUCGCGUGGUGCCUGGAGCUGCAGAAGGAAUAGAAGAUAUGUUAGACUGGGCAGGUAUUCCCCCCGAUGAGAGCCCYGGCCGCGGCGGCCCCGCCGGGCCCUACGUGCAGUCGCUGAGGCUGGAGCUGUACCGCCGAGCCAGCRCGGCGCUGCUGGACAGCGGGGCUGCCUAUCGCUGCUUCUGCAGCCCGCAGCGCCUGGAGCUGCUCCGCAGGGAGGCUCUGCGCAGCCAGCAGACCCCGCGAUAUGACAACCGGUGUCGGCACCUGACGUCCGCAGACGUGGCCCAGAAGCUGUCACAGGGCCUUGACUUUGUCAUCCGCUUCCGGCUGGAGAAGGGRGUGGAACCCUUCCAGGACCUGGUCUAUGGCUGGAACAAACAUGAGGUGGCUGAGGUGGAAGGUGACCCUGUGCUUCUCAAGGGGGAUGGCUUCCCCACAUACCACCUGGCAAAUGUGGUAGAUGACCACUACAUGGGCAUCACCCACGUCCUGCGUGGGACCGAGUGGCUGGCUUCAACUUCCAAGCACYUGCUUCUCUACAAAGCCUUUGGCUGGCAGCCCCCUCAGUUUGGCCACCUUCCACUGCUGCUGAACAAGGAUGGUGGGAAGCUGUCCAAGCGGCAGGGGGACAUCUUCCUGGAGCGCUUUGCUCAGGAUGGCUUCCUGCCAGAGGCACUGCUGGACAUUGUCACCAACUGUGGUUCGGGGUUCACAGAGAAGCAGAUGGGGAGGACUUUGGAGGAGCUGAUCUCCCAGUUUGAAGUGCACAGAAUUACAACCCAUUCUGCUCUCCUGGACCUUGAAGCUCUCCCAGAAUUUAACAGGCUUCACCUCACCCGUCACAUUGAGAACCAAGGGCUGCGCCAGAGGCUCAUUAGGGAGCUGCAGGGGCUGGUGGAGCUCGUCUAUGGGGAUCAGCAAGUGGAUCCAGAUGUUCUGGAAAAGGAAUAUGUGGAGCGAGUCCUCCUGCUGAGAAAAGUACGAGCAGUGGUAGAGCACUGUGUCAGCAUUGUGGAGCUGGGAGCUGAGGGUCACAUAAGCCUCCUGAAGAAUCUGGUGUCGAGUGAUUACUCUUACCUGUGGGUUAGGCCCUCGGUGUCCCGGCAGCAGCUACAAACAAUUUCUGCAGAAGCAGAUGAAAUAGGAAAACUAGUCUUAGGGCUCAUGACAAGGCAGGCAGGUGCCUUGACUGUGGAGGAGUUGAACAAAGACCUGAGGAGUCUCCAGAAGCAAACCAGAGAAACCAAGUACAGCAGCAUGAUGCAGCUCCUCCGCUUGGCGCUCAGCGGGCUGCAGCACGGCCCGAGCGUUGCCGAGAUGAUGGUGACUUUGGGAGCCAAGGAGGUGUGYGGCCGGAUACGCAGAGCACUGUCCAGCUGACACGGGACAUUGGAGAUGCUGCUGGGCUGCGCAUUCAGAUGGCAUGGGCGGGAUCAUCUCUGAUCAGAUGAGCUGGGCUUUAGGCCAGGCAGGUGCCUGUGCUGUUCCAGUGUCUAUAUGAACCUGCACA